AUGUGGAUUCUGCAAGUAAGAUACUAUUCUAACGAAAAAGACGAGGAGGAAAUAGAGCUAGAUAUAGAUGACGGGCGUAACGUCAGUGAUGUCGACUACUACAACGGAAAUACAAAGACGUUUCACGACCCUGCAAUUACUCUAAUCUUCGAAUAUACUCCGGAUGCUACCAACCCACAUUCCUUUGUUUGGAGCUGCUCAGCCUAUAGCCUUACUGUUUCUAUCAGAGGCCAUAACAACCCAAAAACCUAUGACACCAAAGGCGAAACGCAUCUAAGGGCAAUAGCCGGGAUCAAUACGGAUGCUGUUAUGAACUGCCCACCAACCUCUAAGAGGGCCUUGAACGAGAUGUACUAUCCGGCCGGAACCCAAGAUUCACACCAUUUAGAUGUAAAUCUGAAUGGCAUAAUUUUACAGUGUUGUGGUGCUAAAGUUUCGGUACGGUUGCGUCCGGUUAUCGCGUUGGAGUCAAAGUAG